AUGAAUCAAUAUAUAGAUACAGAGUUUGUGUAUGUAUAUUACAGUUAUGGAGAUUGGAAACUGCAAAUGUUGAAUGAAGAGUUUCUACGGAACGUUAGGGUAUUAGUGUCUAAAGCAAAUGAUGUGGACGAGUAUAAGUUGUGGUACUCGGAUAGCGUGAGACAUACGAGUACGGUAGGUAUCUUAGUAGAUGAAGAUCUUAGGGGACAAGUGGUAGAGGUCAAGCGGGCUAACGAUAGGUUGAUGUCAAUUAAGUUGGUCCUUGGAGGAUCUACGUUGAACGAUAUUAGUUCCUACGUUCCGCAAGCAAGGUUGAAUGAGGAGGAGAAGAAGAGCUUUUGGGAGGUUCUGAAUGAGGUGGUGAGAGGCAUUCCGAGCACUAAGAAAAUUUUCGUUGGAGGGGAUUUCAAUGAACAUAUUGGGUCUUUAUCGGGAGGUUAUAAUGAUGUGUGA